AUGCCUCCAAGCACUGCAAACCCAUCUAAAAGGCGAUCCUUUUCCUCUCCACAAGCUGAAAUGAUGGUAGAUAUGAAGAACUGUCCAUUGUCAGACCCAUCAAUUGGAAUAGUAUCAGAAAACGACCACAAAGUUGGUUUGUGUCUUUGCAAAUAUUGUGAAUGUGGGCAACAUGCUUGUCCAGGCAACAAGCAAGAUCUUUAUCUUAGAUCGACCUUUAAAACCAAAUACAGCCACGAUUAUCAGCAUUUAGGCUUCGACUCUCCAAUAAAGCAUGAGCCUAAAAGAUUUCGCCCUAACAAGCUGAAAAUGGACUUCCAAACAACAAACCAGCAUGAUUUCAAGCCGUUUACAGUCACUCCAAAACAAACUGAAGAGUCUCCUGUGUCUCCAGUUAAAGCAAACUUUUCCUGCAGAACAGCCUAUGCAAGCGAAUUUCCUAAUUGGGGAACCCAAGUGCCAGUUUACGAAAAGCGGUUCCACCCCCCUGUGAGGUCAUGUGAGAUCCCUUUUAGAGGCAGAAGUUCAUACAGCGACUACUAUCGGCCUGUAUCAAGAGACGAAGCUGACAUUUACAGAACUGACUAUACAGUUUCUCAAGCAUUCAACUCAACAAUAUCAAUUGCACCAAAAGAUAAAUUAAAUGCAAACACUACAUAUGGAGACCAUAUGAGAUUUUACUCAUGCUCCCCAUUGAAUUCAAAAAUCAUUGUAAAAGCUGAAGAUCCGACUCAAGUAAAAGCAGUGUCCACCCAUUUCAGGACUACCUCAGGGUCAUUUUUCAAAAAUGUGAAGCCGGAGUAUAAAGAUCCGAGGCUAAUGAAGUUUUCCUUGAUGUCAAGAACGGGGAACCGGAUUGGCAAGGCAUAA